UUGCCUCAAGAGAUUCUUCAGCGAGUAGUAGUGGCAGUUCAAGUUCUUCAUCGAGUGGCAGCAGCAGUAGUAGUAGCAGUUCAUCUUCCUCAUCAUCAUCACAAGCAAAAUUGCCAGUUAUGGUUUUUGUUCAUGGUGAAUCAUACGAAUGGAAUAGUGGCAAUCCCUAUGAUGGUUCAGUAUUAGCCAGUUUUGGUCAAAUGUUAGUUGUUACUAUUAACUAUCGUUUGGGUUUAUUAGGUUUCUUAAAUGCCAACACCGAUCGUUAUUCAAAGCUGCCAGCCAACUAUGGUUUAAUGGACAUCAUAGCAGCAUUACAUUGGUUAAAGGAAAAUAUAGCUGCUUUUGGCGGUGACCCGCAAAGUAUAACAUUAGCUGGCCAUGGCACCGGAGCAGCAUGUGUUCAUUUUCUAAUAUCAUCAAUGGCAGUGCCAGAAGGUUUACUAUUCAAUCGUGCGAUUUUAAUGUCUGGCUCAGGUUUGACACCUUGGUCUUUGGUUAGUAAUCCAGCCAAAUAUGCUGCCAUUGUAGCACAUCAUGUUAACUGUGCACCCGACCUGCCGCAUGCACAUUUUAUGAAGUGUUUAAGAGAAAAACCUUUAGAACAAUUGUUAAGUGUACCGAUUAGACAACCUGAAUUUGGUUUUGCCUUUGGCCCCAGCAUUGAUGGUGUUGUUAUAGAUGGUGGUGACUAUGUUCCACCACCAGCUGGCUCUUUAAAUGCACAGGCUUCAACGUUGGCCGGUGGUGGUUUGGGCGGUGAGGCAGGCAAUGCAGCGCAUGGUGGUUGGGGUACACCGGGACAAUUGGAGAAUAUAGUGUUAAUGAGGAAAACAGCUAUUAAUAAAUUAUCCAGAUAUGAUUUAAUGGCUGGCGUAACACGUGCUGAGGCGUUUUUCUCCUUCAAUUCGGGUGAUGUUCAAUAUGGUAUUGAAGCUGAUAGACGUUCAAAAAUCUUAAAGGCCUACGUGCGCAAUACAUACACGUAUCAUUUGAAUGAAAUAUUUGCAACGAUUGUUAAUGAGUAUACGGAUUGGGAGAGACCAGUACAGCAUCCAAUCAAUAUCAGAGACGAAACUUUAGAGGCCUUAAGUGAUGCUCAAGUAGUUGCACCAGCUGCUCAAACUGUGGACCUGCACUCUGCAGAUCAUCGAAAUUCGUAUUUAUAUGUAUUUGAUUAUCAAACUAGAUACGGGGAUUAUCCACAGCGUCAAGGUUGUAUACAUGGUGAGGAUUUGCCAUAUAUAUUUGGUGCUCCACUAGUGGGUGGUUUCAAUCAUUUUACUCGUAAUUAUACUAAAACAGAGAUAAGCCUAUCGGAGAUAGUCAUGCUGUACUGGUCGAAUUUUGUGAGAACGGGUAAUCCCAAUGAGCAAAUGGAAAGUGAUCAUGGUAGUCGACAGGAGAGAAGUCGCUAUAAAAUCAUCGAAUGGACUGCCUAUGAAAGUGUUCAUAAGAAAUAUUUAAAUUUUGACACUAAACCCAAACUUAAAAAUCACUAUCGCGCCCAUCGCUUAUCCUUUUGGCUGAAUCUAAUACCGGAUCUACACAAGCCAGGUGGUGACAACGUGCCCGCCUCACAUCAUCAACUCAGCGAUGAUGAUGAAAUGGACAACAAUAUUGCCAGUGAUGCUUCCAUUAAACCCCUUAAUCCACCCUAUUCACCGGGUAUAGGAAAUCCUGCCUUAGGGAAUUUCAGCAUAUUCACCAAUCAGGUAUUCUCCUUGCUAAAUCUUAGUUCACCAUCAUCAUCGCUGCAGCGUAAUGGUACACGCUAUACUGGAAGUAAAAUGUAUCCGGAUGAUAUGAUGGACGGUGAUGGUCAUGGUGGCUCACAGGCUUCGCAAGAUAGUGAUAGUUUCGCAGCCUAUUCGACAGCUUUAAGUGUAACCAUAGCCAUAGGUUGUAGUUUGCUAAUACUAAAUGUGCUGAUAUUUGCUGGUGUUUAUUAUCAACGUGACAAGACUAGACUAAAUGAACCGAGAUCACAGACAAAACUGAAAAGACAGGAGAGUGGUCAAAUGCCCAAUAAUAUUUGUGGCGAUCUCGAGACUCUAACCAUACACAGUAAAAGUGAUCCUGCGACCAUAUUAUCACAUCAUCAUGCUUUACAGCAUCAUCAACUGCCACCGCCAGAAUUUGCCGAUAUACCUCAUCGAGCACCACCACCACCGAAACACAUGAAAUCCCUGCAGGAUCCUGGAGGUGGAGGAGUGGGUGUGGGUGGUAAUGGCUCAGCAUCUACAGCCACAAUUAUGGGUUUAAUGCCACCACCUCAUGCGCUGCAGGUAAUGGGCAAUCAGUGUGGUACUUUAACGAAAAAAAGUUGCAUGAAACAAUCCUCUCUACAGCAGCAACAGCAACAACUUAGCCAUCAACAGCAGCAGCAGCAGCAACAACAACAACAGCAGCAACAACAAAUGAUUGUAACACAUCAGCAUCAAAUGCAAAAUUCUCAUAAUCAAACAAUGACAACCUCAUUGACUGGGGCGGGUCCACCGCCGCCUCCACCCACCGUACAAGUUAGUACAGCUCAAUCAAUGCAACAGCAUCAUUUGCAACAACAGCAGCAGCAACAACAACAGCAACAAUCCCAACAACAUCCAUUAAUGGACGAACUAAGAGUGUGACAUUAAUUAACCGUACGUUUUAAAUGUGAUCUCUAAUAUAAAACAACAACAACAAACAAAAACAAAAAUACUCAAAUUAAAUCAAACUUUCCUCUUCCACAACAAUUUACAACUUGUCUUGUGUUAAUUUUGAACUUUUUGUCCAUCUACCUAGAGAUUACAUUAGCGUGCGUUUCACUUUUUGUUUUUUAAUUUUAUAGAUUUUUAUUUUCUAGCUAAAAUAGUCAAAUAAAAUACGGAAAACAUAAAACAAAAUGUUAUAGUAAACAUUUCAAAUACUACUUAAAUAUACCAAAGAGGAAAACCAAAAUAUCCUUUAACGAGAAAUUAUUGUAAAUGUUAAGUUACUAACUGAAAGAAAAUAUAUAUUUUUCUUGAUGUUAAAACUGUUGUUUCUAACCCUUUUUCCCCUAUUUAGAAAUUCUGUGUAUAUAUGUUUAGUAUAAAUAAUUAAAUAAAUAAAUUAAGAGUAAGUAAAUGUUAGUUAAUUAUUUAAUAAAAAUAAAAGACAAAAGAAAUCCUUUUUACCAUUAGGACCAAAAAAAAAAAAAAACAGAAAUAUUUCUUUAAUUAUUUCAAUAUUUUAUACGAGUAUAUUAGUAGUUUUAAACUUAGUUUUUUACAAUCGACUAUUUUAACUCUUUUAAAUUACUUUACCUCCUUAACAUAAAUUCUAAAAACUAUACUUUGUUAAUUCUUUUUUUAAUUUUAUUUACUCUAUUUGGUUUUAAAACUUACUUAACAGCUGCUUAUAAGAUGUUUCACAUUUCGAAAUAUUUCCUUCUUGACUCUUUUGAACCCUUAUGAUAUUACCGCUAAGAUGCCCUUGAGAAAUUUAUUUAAUCCAGUAUAUACACUCUGAGUAACUUUUAUAAAGAAAUUUGCAGAUAUCAUUUUCUAUGGAAACCUAUUUUAUACAUAGAAAAGAUUAUUUCAAAGACUGUUGAUAUUUUCUUCAGCUUAAAUAUUAGCGACCAACUUUUAUCAGAAGGACUGUUGAUAACACAAUUAUAAAUAUAGUGCACAAAAGUUUGCUUUUCGGACUAUCUGUGUAACAGUGUGUGUCAUCCCGCAGAAACCAAAGGUGAUGACGGCUUAUAUUUUUUAUUUAAGUUCAUUUAAUGCCGGCAAUCGCGGCUUUGUAAAGGUGCCAUUGAAAGGAUUGGCAUUUCAGUAUUUGCAAUCUUUCUGCCACUGCAGCAAGUAUCCUGACAGUUCAGUUAGCACAACAAUUUCUUUGGAAAUAAUAUUGUAAUAUUUUCCAACGUUGUUCAACUGAAAAGUGAUUCAUUUUUCGUUCACAAAUCUAAGUAUGCUUUAUAAAGGUACAAGUUGGGUCAACCUACAUAAACACUCGAAAAAAUAACUCCAAACAAUCUAUUAGAAGGUCCAGCGUUGAAUGUGAGAAAUUUAGCUGUAUAUUAAGCACAGACAGCUUACUUUCAAAAAUCUUUAAAAUUCUCAGAUCGAUUCAACUAAUUUUAAAAAUAUUUUGAAAAAAAACUUAUGGACUAUAUAUUCGAUUUUCCGUAGGAGGUGCUAAUAUAAAAGUUAUAUCAAAAUGUAAGUAUUUGAACCCAGAUAAAAACUUUCAUUAGUCUUAAAAAAUAAGUCAAAAACAGCAAAGAAUUCCUUCAGCAAAUAUAUGUUAUUUGAGCCACUUGAGGAAACUAUUUGGGCUAGAAUCCUCAAAGUUUGUAUAGACACAUUGUAAUCCAUAAGAAGAUUUGGAAAAAAUAACAGGUAGCAGUGCUCAAAUCAUGUUCAUGUAGCUUUAGUUUAUGGAUAUUUGAUUGAUAAAUAAGUGGACUAACAUAGUGGGCGUGGCACUUUCUAUAUACAUUAAAUAAAAAAUUCAUUCAGGAUCCUCAAAUUUAGCAUGAACAUUUUUGGUGAAAAAUUGACCGAACUAUUAAUAGUGGUUGUAGCGCUUUUUACACAAAGUAAGCAAGCAAGACCAUCUGAUACCCUACAUCACUUAUUUCACUUAUUUGUAAUAAACAAUUUAUAUUAAAGCUUGAAUUGAUUUAGAUAUAAUUAAAGAACUUAUUGAUUUUUGAAAGAGGAUAUAUUUAGGGGCAAGAAUAUCAAUGUCUUUAACGUGAAAAUCUGCGUUGGCCGCUUAUUUCACGUAGUCUUUUUCAUCUACAGGAUGGACUUAGAAGGUUCCACCACUCGCCUCUGAGUGCCUUCAAUGAAAACGUUCAAGUGGUACUUCUUCGUACAUUGUCCUACCGGUCGAUUCACUAGCAUCCUACUCAAGUACUUGAGCUAUCUAAUGUCUUACCAUAGUGGUCCCGUUGCGCAAUGACAGGCAACAUGACAUCAAUCCCAAUACAUACCCCGACAAAGAAAAAGCAAUCACUAGUCUAAAGUCAAUAAAAGGUGCGACUCGAAUAUCAAGUGAAAUCAAUCUUCUGGUUUCUCACGCCAGAAGGUGACCACCCAUUUGAUGCCAUGAAAGAUUGCAUUAUUUAAAGUGUAAUAAUAGGUGAAAUAAUGAACUUAUAUCAAACAAUAUCAAUAGAAUUCGUCCUUGAGUCAAAAUUAAGACGAGUAUAAAAUUUCAUAGAAUUAUCUUAAAUUACGAUAUGAACUUAAGUUACGUGGACAUACAGACGGACAAUGAUUUAACGACUAAAAAAGAUUCUAAACCAUAGUCGACCCUAAAUGCCAUAUAAGGUUCGCUUCAGAAGUGAAUACUACAAACAUAGUUGUUUCCCAUUUAAUAUUUUUUUAUACCCUCCACCACCAUCAGUGGUGAUAGAGGGUAUAUAUAACUUUGUCAUUCCGUGUGUAACACCAAGAAAUAUUCA